GAUGCCAUGUUUGGACUCUUCUCAGCCCCAUCACUCAAACACUUGAUGCUUCUCGUCCUCUGUUCUUGAAAUCCCGCCCCAGAUCUCCAAUGGCUGUUGACCGUUGGGUUUCAGCCUCUCUUCUCCGCCAACAUGGCAUCUUCAACAUCCAUUAUUUUCCUCCAUCCCAAACUCAAAUUCUUCCCCCGCCGUUUUCCCACCCUCAAAUCUUCGAAACCCUUCUCCUCUCCUAGAUUCCCCAUUUCGAAACUGACCUCCUCCGGUGGAUUAGACCCCAUGAAAGCUUCUUCACUUAGAAAAAGAGUCAUGGGUUCCAACAAUAGAAUCGUUGAGCUCAUAAAUCUGCUCCCUUUUCGUAACUACGCUAAUGAACACGACGAAGCGGUUAGGGUGCUCCAACGGGAAGAAUGCUUUGAUGGGUCUGAGGAUUCGGGUCCUGGUUUUGCGGAGAAUGGGAUAGAAUCCACACUCAAUCGAUUGAGUAAGUGGCUUGUAUCUGGCCUUUUUGGUUUGGUGAUACUAUGUAGGCAUGAUGGAGAGGCUAUGUGGGCUUUGAUGGGGUCUGUGAUGAACUCCACACUCUCUGUUGUACUAAAGAAGAUUCUGAAUCAACAGAGGCCUGUUCCUUCUUUGAGAUCUGAGCCUGGAAUGCCGUCCUCGCAUUCUCAAUCCAUCUUCUACAUUUUUAUGUUUACAAUCUUUUCAAUUGUGGAAUGGCUAGGGAUGAAUGAGAUUAGCAUGAUUACUUGUGCUCUUGCCUUUGCAUCUGGUGCAUAUCUAUCUUGGUUACGAGUUUCGCAGCGUCUUCAUACCACGAGCCAAGUGGUUGUGGGUGCUGCAAUUGGAACCAUUUUCUGCAUUGUGUGGUACUGGUCAUGGAAUGCUGUUGUUCGUGAAGCAUUUACUUCCUUUCUGUGGGUUAAAGUAGUUGUUGGUUUUGGGGCAGUUGGAUUUUGUGCUGGUUUCCUUUUGUAUGUAUUUCGUUAUUGGAUUAGAUUACCGAUGAACUAUGUAAAUUGAUAACAUAUAACAAACUUCUUCCUCA